UUUUGUUUAUAAGAAUGUCUAGACUUAUGGUGUAGACUAUGCUAUUCUGAAUUCAACAUGCUUCUCCAAUGAAAAAUGUUUUGUUGAAAAUCUUUUAUUGGUAUUUCAAUAAAUACAUGGUGCUCUCUAGUGGUGAAAGUGGAUACUACUGUGGUAGUUUUAACAGUGCUGUUGUUUAACACACAUGACAUAAAAUGGUAUUCUGAAGACUGUGGUAAUGGGUACUUUGUAUGUUAUUGUUUUGUAUUGUACUUAGAUGUAAAUGUUGUAAUUGCUUGUUGUCCAUGAGUGGUAAUGUGGUUAGGUGUUGUUCUACAUAGUGCAGUUGCUCAUAAACAGUUUUUCAAUGUGAAAGGUGUUAUUAUCCCAAAAUAUAAAGCCAUGUAUAGUAAACAAUUCUAUAAUUCAUGUUACAUGUUAACCACAAGUAUCUUGUAUGAAUACCAAGGAUACAUUUUGUGUUAUCUAAUGCUACAUUUGGCCCCAUCCAAUAUACCCUGCCCAGUUGUGUGAGAUUGGUGUUACACAACUCAUUGAAAAGUUCCGGCUGUGUCCGUGACUCAAAUGAGAAAAUCUAAGAUAUAUUUUGGAUUAUGUGUAUUUUGUGAUUUUAUUGAUUUAUCUUGACUUAAGAGCAGAUUGUUAGUUGUCUUUCUUAGUAGAGGUUAAGAUUGGACAGAUACACUGAUAUUGGCUGGGCAAAUGUGAGUAGGCGUUCACAACAUAAUGCUGUCAAUCUAAAGGAUUUAUUUCUUCCUUAGAAAUCCAACAUCACAUUCAUAAUGGUUGAAUUAUGCGGUUUCAAAGUAGGUCUCUGAGGACACUAGAUGGUAUAAAACUGCAGAACAAAGUUACAAUGUAAAGACUAGAAGUAGGGUUGAAUGGUAGACUGGAGCGUAAGAGAAAAUAGAUGGAUACAUACUAGUUUGGACAAUGCAGAGGAAGAUUCAAAGAUAAUCUUACAUUCUCUUUAUAAACACAGUGGACAGGAAUAAAAGUGUUAUACUGUAACGUUUGGUCAGUAUUCUCUACAGCACUUGUUAUGAGUGAAAGAAGGCAUCAGUAAUACAGAAUACCAGUAACUGAAUACAGAAUGGAAUAUAUAGUGCUUCUUUUCCUGCUGACCACGCCAUCAUCCGUCACCCUGAGCAUUAAUGAAUUCACAGGGGCCAUGACCUAUGAUUACCUGCAUGUGCCACUGCAAAGUAAGAAUCAAAAUCAUCCAACUGAGAAUACAAAAGUUCUGAGAACCUUUUGGAAAGCAACUGAUGCACCAAUCUCUGGAAAACUUAGUGCAACAAUAAGUCAGCCUCGUUGUGGUAUUGAUGACUCUUUCAGCAACACAUCCUUAAAAUACCGGGUGAUGGGUUAUUGGAGGAAGAAAAAGCUGACCUACCGAAUUUACAAUUACUCCCGAGAUUUGGGCCUAGCGAAGACACGUUUUGCCAUUCAGACCGCUUUUAGGUACUGGAGUGAGGUGUCCCCACUAAGGUUCCAGGAGGUGCACCAGGGAAGAGCAGACAUCAAAUUCUCAUUCCACAGGAAAGAUAAAUCAUGUCCAAUUCCCUUUGAUGGGCCAGGAAAGGUGCUAGCCCAUGCAGAUGCUCCUGAAUCAGGCAUUGUGCAUUUCGAUGACGAUGAAAAGUGGACCGAAGGGAAGGAUUCUGGCUUUAACCUGAGGAUUGUAGCAGCACAUGAAAUUGGCCAUGUGCUUGGCCUGGGCCACUCACAGUAUUACAAUUCGUUGAUGGGACCCAUAUACAAAGGAUAUCGGCCCAACUUUAAACUACAUCCUGAUGAUAUACAAGGCAUUCAAGCUAUUUAUGGAAAGCCUGUCAAAUAUGCUCGUGCGUCCAGGAAUACUAGUCCAGUAACUCCAGCGGCAAGACCUCCAGAUCUCUGCAAGGCUACCAUGGAUGCAAUUAUGUUGGGUCCUUUUCGCAAAACCUACAUCUUUCAUCGCCAUUAUGUGUGGACCGUGUCCAGCACAGGCAACAGUGUGCCUGUCCUGAUCUCUGUGCUCUGGAAGGGUCUGCCAGGGAAUCUGAAUGCUGCUGUUCACUCUCAGAGGACUAGGAAGUCCUACUUCUUGAAAGGGGACAAAAUUUGGAGGUAUUCAGGCUUCAAAUUGGAUCAUGGCUUCCCUAGACUAUUGACCAACAUCCCGUCUAAUGUCGAUUCAGCCCUGUAUCUCAACAGGAACAAUAAAGUGAUCUUCCUCAAGGGCUCUGUGUACUGGCAGUGGGAUGAAAAUAGAGCAAUGCACAUCAGUUUGUACCCCAAACCCAUCUCACAACUCUUCUCUGGGCUACCUGACAACACAGAGGCGGCCUUCGCCUGGACAGAUGGCUACAUGUACUUCUUCAAAGGAGACAAAUUCUGGCGCAUAAAUGAAUUCCACCCAACAGCGGAUGAAGGCUAUCCUCAUAGCACAAGACAAAAAUGGAUGUUAUGUGAUAGGUAGACCACCAGAGGUCACUCUCAGUUCAACAUAUGGAGGCAUGAUUUGCUUUUAUUUCUAAGAUUUUACAGUGAGAAGAAUAUUUAUUUUAAAAAGUUUUUGUGACAUGCAUCUUUAUCGUGUACUGCAAUAACACAAUACAAAGUCCCUUUUGUGUUUUCUACAUGAACUGAUAAUGAAACCAUGCUUUAAAUUCGCGUAAAAAAUUGUUGUGUAAAAUAUAAACUA